AUAUCUACAUACACUGAUGUCAGCCGCUGCCAAAUACUUCGGAUCCUAGCAUUGUUCAGAGCUACAGGCAAGGUAACAACAAUGACGGACUGUCAUAGGAUUGGUCGCCACUGUCAUUUGACUUCCAAAGAUGUUGCAUUCUUACAUGGAUCUCUCGAUAAAACAUGUGACAGCUACCUCGACGAACUCAAAGAAGGAUUAGAGGAGAUCUGUGGGGUGUCUGUCUCCAUGCCCACAGUGUGGUGUGCACUCCAGAGGAGUGGAUAUUCUAUGAAAAAGGUGUAA